AUGGCUAUUCUUGCGCCAACCUCUGUUUCAAAAGACCCCUUGUCCCUCCGCACCUCCUCCAAUUCCUCCUCCUCGGAUCUCCAGAGAAUCUCAUUGAACCCACCAAGAAUCUUUGGUUCUAAGCUGAAAUCAGGGAAGAUUGAGCAGACCCAAUUGAGAUUAUUGACUGCUUCCAACAAUUGUUCAGAUUUAACUGCAAAGGCUUCAAGAAAGCCGUUAGGGCUCACUGAAGAACUUAAAAACAACAAACUAGAGAGCGUAGUAGAAACUGAUGAUGGGAGCUGUUUAUUUGAAGAUAUGAAACGUCGGUUUCUAAGCUUCAAAAAGCAUAAAUAUAUGGAAAACUUGGAACAUUAUCAAAAUCUUGCAAAGGGUCAAGCGCCAAAGGGUAUGCCCUUCAACCAUUUGGGAUUCCAACCGGGAGAAGCAUUUAUAGUGCGCAACAUUGCGAAUUUGGUGCCCUCCUUCGAGAGUGGACCCUCAGAAACAAAUGCUGCAUUAGAAUUUUCUGUGAAUGCCCUGGAAGUUGAGAACAUAUUGGUCGUUGGUCACAGCUGUUGUGGAGGCAUUCGUGCUCUUAUGAGUAUGGAUGAUGAAGUAGAGAAAAGUAGCUUUAUCCAAAAUUGGGUUGUUGUUGGGAGGGAUGCAAGGUUGUGGACAAAGGCUGCUGCCUCCAAGCUCAGUUUUGACCAGCAGUGCAAACACUGUGAGAAGGAGUCAAUCAACCGUUCGUUGUUGAACCUGCUCACGUACCCGUGGAUAGAAGAGAAAGUAAAGAAUGGUGUUCUUUCUGUGCAUGGUGGUUAUUAUGACUUUGUUGACUGUACAUUUGAAAAAUGGACACUGGAUUAUAAGGAAGACAACUUGAAGGAGAAACACGGCAGAAUUUCUGUAAAAAAUCAUUUGUUUGGUCCUGAUUUCAUGUGUGGUCUUGUUGUAUCUUAUUCCUCAGAUAAGUUAUUAAAAAGAAAUGGCGAUGCAGUGCGGGCACCAAGUCAGGAUUUGAUCUUCACUGUUCUUCAUUUCAUUGCUAUGUAUCACCUAAUGUUUAGUGAUUGGGAAUUAGAUCGCAUUGGAUUACAUUGGAUUGGAGAGGAUAACACUAAUCCAAUGAUGUGUACAUGA